UUCAUGGCAGGACGCUCCUUGCAAACAGGACCCGCAGCUCCUUGGAGCAGCUCUGGCAGGCUCUGACUUUCCCGGGGCCCUGUGGAGCUAAGUGCCCGGUGGGAGGGUCCCAUGAUGAGAGGGUGGGUCCUGCUCCUCGCCAGGCUCCAAGCCGUGCUCCUGGCCUUGGCACCAGUGACAGCCCAGAAGAGGAACCAAGAGACCUGCGUCAACGUCUACGCAGCUGACAUAGUGUUCCUGGUGGACGGCUCCUCCAGCAUCGGCCGGGCCAAUUUCCGCAUGGUCCGAGCCUUCAUGGAGGACCUGGUCAGGCCCUUCAUCCAUGUGGUGGGGGAGAAGGCUGUGCGGUUCGGGGUGGUGCAGUACAGCGACGACCCCCGGGUGGAGUUCAGGUUCUCUGAUUAUUCCAACGGGACGGCAGUGAGGAAGGCCAUCCAGCAGCUGAGCUACAAGAGCGGGAACACACGCACUGGUGCCGGCCUCCGAUACGUCACCGACAACUUCUUCAGCCCUGCUCAGAUCCGGCAGAGUGUCCCAAAGGUCUGCAUCCUCAUCACGGAUGGCAAAUCCCAGGAUGAUGCUGAGCAACCAGCCACGCGGAUGAAGAAUCAGGAUGUGAAGAUCUUUGCUGUGGGGAUCAAGAAUGCGGACCGUGGGGAGCUCAUCAGGGUGGCCUCCACUCCCACUGAGGACUAUUUUUUCUAUGUCAAUGAUUUCAAGAUCCUGGGGACCCUUUUGCCCCUGGUGUCUCGUAGGGUGUGUGCCAGCACUGGAGGAGUCCUGCAGACCACAGGCCAAGAGGUGUACAGUGGCCCGACCGACCUGGUCUUUGUUGAGCAGGGCACUGACCUGCUAAAGAUCCGCUGGGCUGCAGCGGGCGGACCUGUCACGGGGUACAGAAUCCACUAUCUGCCGCUCACCAGCUUGGGGCAGCAGAUCAUGGCAGAGAUGAAGGAGAUCAACGUUGCCCCCAGGGAGACGAGUGUUGUGCUGCGCGGGCUGAGGCCAGGAACAGAGUAUCUAGUCACCAUCAUCGCCCAGUAUGCCAAUAGUAUCGGCGAAUCAGUCUCCGGCAGAGGACAAACCCAGCCCCUCCCUGGAGUGGUGAAUUUCCGAGUGGUGGAAGCUGGAUCCUCUUUCCUCCGUCUGGCUUGGGAACCUGGCCUGGGUUCCUUGCAGGGCUACAGGCUCACCUAUGGUGCUCGAGGUGAGGCUCAGGUGGAGGAGAUGAGCCUGGGGGCCAACGCUUUGUCUGCUGUACUCAGCAACCUGCGUCCCAACACUGACUACGUGGUCACCCUCUACCCCCACUACUUGCAGCAUACGGCAGCUCCAGCUGUGGCCAACGCCAGGACCUUGCAAAUGGAAGGGGUGCCAGAGUUGACAGUUCAGAACAUCUCUUGGGAUCGCAUGCUGGUGGUCUGGCGAGGCGUGAGGGGAGCUACCGGAUACCGGGUCUCCUGGAGCACUCUUUCAGGCCAGGAUGUUCGGAAAGUGGAUGUGGACACCAGCAAGAAUUCCUACCUGCUGACAGGCCUGCAGAGCAGCACGGAUUACCUAGUGCACGUCUCACCGCUCUAUGGGCAGACUGAAGGGCCCAAAGCAUCUGUGAGGAGGAGAACAGAAAUAAGCCAGACCUUGCGAGCCACUUUCCUGGGCCCAACGUCCAUCCAGUUGGUCUGGAACAUCAUCCGUCCUGCACGUGGGUACCGGCUGGAGUGGAAAAGAGUAGCAGGAGUGGAGGCCCCCCAGGUUUUGUCUUUGCCCCCCAGCGUCAACACCUAUGAGCUCAAAGGCCUUCAGCCUAAAACGGAGUACCGCAUCACCCUGUACACGCUGUUUGACACGAUGGAGGUGGCGACAGAUGUAACCACUUCUGAGAUAGAUCGGCCUCUGGUGGGCAGUGUGUCCAACCUGCGGAUCCUAGAGACGGUGGGGAGAAGGGUCCGGCUGGCCUGGCUGGGGGUCCCAGGUGCCACUGAGUACAAGAUCGUGGUACGCAACUCCCAGGAUGGCACUGAGAGGAUGAGGCGGAUCCCGGGCAGCCAGACCACAUUGGACCUUGACGACUUGAAGGAGGGUGUUGUCUACGUGGUGCGCGUGUCAGCCCUGGCUGGUAGCCAGGAGGGCAGUGCUGCCUCCCUCAGCAUCCGUCUGGACUCAUCACCAGUGGGCAGCAUCACCAACCUGCAGGUGGCAGAGGCUGGCCCUAACCAGCUGCGGAUCACAUGGCAAAGGCUCCCUGGGGCUACAGGUUACAAGCUGACUUGGCGAUCGGCUGAUGGGCAGGAGAUCUCCCGGGUGCUGUCACCCGACACGACGUCCUUCACCAUUGAAGGGCUCCAGGCCAAGACCGACUACAUCAUUGGGGUCUCGGCCCUGGUGGGCAGCAGGGAGGGCAGCCCCGUCACCAUUGUUGCUAGAACAGCUUCAGAGGAGGUGGGAAUGGUCUCCGGCCUCAGGGUCUUUGCGCCCAGGAGCAACAUUAUCCGAGUCGCCUGGGCCGGGGUGUCCGGGGCUACAGCCUACCGGGUGGUGUGGAGCCGGCAGGAUGGGGGCCCUGAGAGCAGCAAUGUGGUUUCUGGCAACACCAGCUCCUUCGACAUCCUGAACCUGGAGGGCGGCGUCACUUACAUCGUGAAGGUCACAGCACUGAUCGGCAACCGUGAGAGUAACCCUGUCUCCAUCACCGUCACCACGCCAGCGGAGGUGUCUCCACCCCAGCCCGUGGGGAACUUUCAGGCCUUUGACCCUUCAGAUCAGCGCAUCCGUCUUUCCUGGACCCCGGUGCCUGGCAGCACUGGCUACCGCCUGAGCUGGCGCCCAGUAGAUGGUGGGCCUGAGAGAAGCCAGGUGCUCCCAGCCAGCCUUGACACAUACAACAUAGAGGGCCUGCAGGCCGGAAAGCGCUACGAGAUCCGCAUUGUCAGCUUGGUGGGCAGCCAGGAGAGCAAGCCUGUGGCCAUCACAGCCAUUACUGCCUUAGGCCGAGUCACCAACUUCCAUCUGGCAGAGACCCGGGAUGAUUCUGCACUGCUAACCUGGACUCCUGCGCCCGGUGCCACUGGCUACAUCCUCACGUGGAACAGCCCCACAGAGGGAGGCGAGAUGAAAACAACUCUGCCUGGGUCAGCGACCUCCCACCAGGUGUCUGGGCUGCGGCUGGGAGGCAGGUACACCUUCAGCAUCCGGCCCAUGUAUGGUAGUGCUGUGGGUGCGGCCUCCUCCUUCAGUGAGCGCCAAGUUUGCAGGGGUGGCCGUAGCGACAUCGUCUUCCUGGUACACGGCACCCAGGACAGCGCCUUCAGUGCUGGAGCCGUUCGCGCCUUGCUUGCCAGUACUGUGUCUGCCCUGGGCCAGCUGGGGCCUGACGCCACCCAGGUGGGCCUGGUGGUUUACAGCUACCGCAGCCGCCCUUGGAUCCUGCUGAACCGCUCUAAUGACCUGAGUGCUGUGCUGGAGCAGAUCCGAAACCUGCCCUAUGAAGAGCCCAGUGGCAAUGCAAUGGGUGCAGCCAUCAACUUUGCCAGGUCAUACAUGCUGAGCCCCAGCGCGGGGCACCGACCGGACGUGCCGGCAGUGCUGGUGGUGCUGGCUGACAGCCCUUCAGGUGAUGACGUCAUUGGGCCAGCCAGGGAGGCCAAGGCUGCGGGGAUCCAGGUGCUGGCGGUGGGCAUGGAAGGCGCAGACCGGGAACAGCUGCGCCGCGUCGUCACAGAUGACAACCCCCGCUAUGUCCUCUCUGCUGCAGACUCACGGGCAGCCUCACUGGGGCUGGAGGAUGAGCUUGCCAGCUCCCUCUGCCAGAUAAUUGACAUCCCAGGGCCAAGGCCACAGCCCUGCAUGACACAGUGUCCCAAGGGUGAGAAGGGGGAGCCCGGCAACAUGGGACCGAAAGGACGCAUAGGGCUGCCUGGCCCCCCUGGAGAACCGGGGCGCAAUGGGCUCCCAGGCCCUCAGGGGCCUGCAGGACCACGGGGUGCCCCUGGCCAGGUGAUCGAGCAGCCGGGCAAGAAGGGGGAGAGGGGAUUCCCAGGAGCAGAUGGGGUGCCAGGAAGCCCUGGUCGCCCUGGCAACCCUGGUUCUCCCGGCCAGCCAGGCAGCCAAGGCACUCCAGGCUCCAGAGGGGAACCUGGACUGCGGGGCCCCGUGGGGCUUUCUGGGCCCAAGGGAGAGAAAGGCGAGCCGGGGGAGCCUGGUGUAAUCGUGGAUGGAGGAGGUGGGCUGCCUGGGCGGAAAGGAGAGCCGGGCACUCCGGGAAUCCCUGGGCCUCCCGGAAACCCUGGCCCCAGAGGAGCAUUUGGUGACCCAGGACCUUCUGGACCUCCUGGACUUCCGGGGCCAGCAGGACCUCCUGGAGACUUCGUCAAGGGGGAGAAAGGCGACCGUGGCGAACGAGGCCCCCCAGGGCUGACUGAUGGGGAAGCACCCAGAGGAGAGCCAGGUGUCCCGGGCCUGCCUGGUGACCCUGGGCCCCGGGGACCUGCAGGGCUCCCAGGACAGAAAGGAGAGAAGGGUGAUGGAGAGGAAGGUUUUCCAGGGCCGCCCGGCCGUCAAGGGGAUCCAGGAGAUCGGGGCCCGCGGGGACCACCAGGCGAGCAAGGACGGAAGGGAGACCGGGGGCUUCCAGGAGAGACUGGAGAAGCAGGGGAAAAGGGAGAUCGUGGACCCCCAGGGCCUGAAGGGGAGAAGGGGCAGCCCGGAGGUCCAGGCCGCUUGGGCCCAUCUGGCAGAGAGGGAUUGCCAGGACCAGCCGGUCCACGAGGGGAAAAGGGAGAUCCAGGAGCUCCUGGGGAACCUGGGAGGGCGGCUUCCAGCAUCUCUGGCAUCAAAGGAGAGAAGGGCGACAAAGGUCCUGCAGGACCAGAGGGCCCCCCUGGCUCCAAGGGAGACCCUGGAAAUAAAGGAGACCGCGGCCCCACUGGAUUAAGCAUCUCUGGCCCACCCGGCCCCAAAGGAGAGCAGGGGGAAAGGGGGACUGUUGGCCUCACUGGCAGGAGUGGCCCCAAGGGGGACCCAGGCGAGCCCGGUGAGAAGGGGGAGCUGGGGAGAGCAGGGUCCCCUGGGCAGCCCGGCCCACGAGGGAAGGAGGGUGAGCCUGGUGAGAAGGGCGACGAGGGGACCCCGGGUGAGUCGGGGCCUCCAGGAAAGCCAGGGGACAGAGGCGCCCGGGGCCCUCCGGGAUACCGUGGCCUCCCUGGGGAGAAGGGUGACCAAGGAGACCCAGGCGCCGAGGGCAGAAACGGCAGUCCUGGAGCACCAGGGAACAAGGGUGACCGUGGGGACCCAGGGCCACCAGGACCCCCAGGACGAGUUGUUGAUUCAGGAGUACCAGGGGGCAUUGGGGAGAAAGGCGAGAAGGGAGACCCUGGGGAUCCUGGAGAGGAUGGGAUGAAAGGUGCGAAGGGUGAGGCCGGGUUGCCUGGCCCACCUGGCCUGCCUGGAGAGAGGGGAAUCGAAGGCCCUCGAGGUCUCCCUGGCACACGGGGCGACCCUGGAGACAGAGGCUCCACGGGGGAGAAGGGAGAGCGAGGCCCCCCAGGGCUGGAUGGCCGGAAUGGGUUGGAUGGCAAACCCGGGCAGAUGGGCCCCACGGGGCUGAGGGGUGACCCUGGCAAGCAGGGGGAUCCUGGCCGAGAUGGACUGCCUGGCCUGCGGGGGGAGCAGGGCCCUCCAGGAGCUCUCGGCCCUACGGGACCACCAGGCCUGCCUGGCAAAUCUGGAGAUGACGGAAAACCUGGUCUGAAUGGGAAGAAUGGAGAAGACGGGACCCCAGGAGAAGAUGGAAGGAAGGGGGACAAGGGAGAAGCUGGUGCUCCUGGCAGAGAUGGUCGUGAGGGUGCCAAGGGUGAUCGAGGAGGCAGUGGGGCACCCGGCCCCCCAGGACCACCUGGGCUCCCUGGCAUACCAGGGCACGUUGGAUCCCCAGGCCAGGGCACACCGGGCCACCCUGGGCCUAUAGGACCGAAGGGGGACCGCGGGGACCGUGGACCCAGUGGAGAACCAGGGAAUCCUGGGACUCCUGGACCACGGGGUGACCCUGCGUCAACACUGAAUGUGGAACGGGCCCUGGAGACCUAUGGGAUUAAGCUUUCCUUACUCCGAGAGAUCCUGGGAACCUAUGAUGGGAGUAGCGGUUUGAUCCCAUCCUUCCCUGAGCCACGAAGAGGCCACAAGGGUGAUAAAGGGGAUGCAGGUGAUACGGGACCCCCAGGGAAAGAGGGCAUGAGGGGCUUCCCUGGAGAGAGAGGCCCCAAGGGGGACAGAGGAGACCAGGGUCCCUCCGGCCCCCAAGGCCCCGUGGGACGUGCCGUCGGAGACCGAGGUCCAGAGGGGCCUCCUGGCCAGCCCGGGGAGCCUGGCAAGCCUGGAAUCCCUGGGGUGCCUGGCCGGGCCGGGGAGCUCGGGGAGGCUGGCAGGCCUGGCGAGAAGGGCGAGCGGGGUGAGAGGGGCGAGCGGGGCGAGCAGGGCAGAGAUGGCCAGCCGGGUCCUCCCGGGCCCCCAGGGCCCAAGGUGGAUGUGAUAGACGGCAGUCUCUCAGGCUUUCCAGGGGAUCGUGGACCCGCUGGACCCAAGGGAACCAGGGGUGAGCCCGGUGCGGAUGGCGAGCGGGGACCCAAAGGAGAUAAGGGUGACCCUGGGCAGAAGGGAGAGAGGGGAGAGGCUGGCGAGAAAGGCUGGGAUGGCAGCCCGGGCCUUCCAGGAGAACGAGGCCUGGCAGGACCAGAAGGGAAGCCGGGUUUGCCCGGCUUCCCCGGAGUCCUGGGCCGACCGGGUAGCCAGGGAGACCCUGGGCCACCAGGCCCCUCUGGCCCCGCCGGGCUGUCAGGUGCUCAGGGCCCACCUGGAAUAAAGGGAGAUGUGGGUGAGCCUGGUGCCAGCAUCCGGGGCUUGCCUGGUCCCCAGGGCAGUGUUGGCCUCCCAGGCCCACCAGGGCCCCCUGGCCUCGUGGGACCACAGGGCAUGCCAGGACUGCCAGGACAAGUGGGGGAGAGUGGAAAGCCCGGCGUGCCAGGCAGAGAUGGUGUACCAGGGAAGGAGGGAGAGGCAGGGCUGCCAGGAAAAAUGGGCGUCCCGGGACCACCAGGCCCUGCUGGACCCAAAGGAGAGCCAGGCAACGCUGGGCCCCCAGGGCAGGCCACUGUCGGGCUUCCUGGGAUGAAGGGUGAGAAGGGUGAGCCUGGGCAGAUGGAUGGGGCCCUGCUGGGCAAACCUGGUCCCAAGGGUGAUCGAGGCUUACCUGGCCCCCGGGGUGAUACGGGGGAGCCUGGAAGAGCAGGGGAGCCUGGAGACCCUGGGGAAGAUGGAGCCAAAGGAUCACAUGGAGUCAAAGGGGAGAAGGGUUCGCCUGGGAUUGGCCUGCAGGGACCCCCUGGGCAGGACGGGCCUCCUGGCUUGAAGGGGGACACCGGUUUGCCAGGCCCACCAGGACCCCAGGGCUCACCAGGCAUUGCAGGGACCCCAGGCCAGCCUGGCCUGAGGGGAGAAAAUGGACAGCCAGGGCCCCCAGGAGCUCCAGGAGAGAGGGGUUUGAUUGGCUUUCCUGGAAGAGAUGGCACCACUGGACCACCAGGUCCCCCAGGACCCCCAGGGCUAGCUGGGACCCUGGGCACCUCAGGAGCGAAGGGGGACAAGGGAGAUGUGGGGACAGGACUGCCAGGAGCCAGAGGCGAGCGAGGAGACCCAGGGCCUCGGGGUGAAGAUGGGCGCCCAGGGCUGGAGGGCGAUCGUGGGCCUGCGGGGCUGCCUGGGAACCGAGGGGAGCGAGGUGACAAAGGAGACAUGGGACCAACAGGAUUAAAGGGAGACAAGGGUGACACCAUUGUCGUUGAGGGACCGGCGGGGGCCCGUGGCAACAAGGGCGAACCGGGAGAUCGGGGCCUGAAGGGGAACGAGGGAGAUAAAGGCAACAAAGGGGAUCAGGGCCUCCCAGGCGAGAAGGGUGUCAAGGGGCAGCAGGGCGAGAAGGGCUCCACAGGCUUCCCAGGAGCCCGGGGCCCUGAUGGGCAGAAGGGUGAAGUUGGUGAGUCAGGCGAGCCUGGAGAGCCGGGGCAGCCAGGAAAGGACGGGAUCCCUGGCACAAGAGGAGAGAAGGGCGACAUGGGACCGAUGGGAAUGCGUGGUCCUAAGGGAGAAAGGGGAAUGAAGGGAGCCUGCGGCCAGGAUGGGAGCAAGGGGGAGAAGGGGGAGUCAGGGAUGCCAGGCCGACCAGGACUGCCCGGACGGAAGGGUGAGCCGGGAGAGCUGGGCAUGUCGGGAGCCCCGGGGAUCCCUGGGAAAGAAGGCCUCAUGGGCCCCAAGGGUGACAGGGGAUUUGAUGGGCAGCAAGGAGCCAAAGGAGACCAGGGGGAGAAGGGAGACCGGGGUGCUCCAGGUAUUAUAGGUGCUUCGGGGCCUAGGGGCAGUGAUGGAGCCCCUGGGCCACCCGGCCCACCAGGGAACGUUGGACCCAAGGGCCCUGAGGGCAUUCAAGGACAGAAGGGUGAAAGAGGCCCCUCUGGGGAGUCGGUGGCUGGUGCCCGAGGAGUCCCAGGAAUUCCUGGUGAGCGAGGAGAGCAGGGGAACCCAGGCCUUGAAGGUCCUAGAGGAGAGAAGGGAGAGCCUGGCAUGAUGGAAGAAGAGAUCCGAGAGUUUGUGAGGCAGGAGAUGAGUCAGCACUGCGCCUGCGGUGGCCGUUACCCCUCUUCUGGAUCACGUCCUCUCCCCAACUAUCCAUCCACCCAACCGUUCUCGUCUGUUAAUGCUCAACUAGUGCCCGUGCUUAAGUUGUCCCACACUGAAGAGGAGGGGCAGGAAACACGAAUUGUGGUGGAUUCUGAUGACCCAGAGUAUGAGCAGAUGUACAUCGAGGACUAUGGAGAGGAUGUGGAUGCUGAGGAGACAGAGCAUCCCAUGCUGAGCGAUGCCGACCCGUGCAGCUUGCCCCUGGAUGAGGGAAACUGCAGCCGGUUCACACUGCGGUGGUACUACAACCAAAGAGUGGCUGAGUGCCGUCCCUUCAUCUACAGCGGUUGUGGCGGGAACCUCAACCGCUUCUAUGCCAAGGAGGACUGUGAUCACCAGUGCAGGCACCAUGUGGACACAGAGGUCUACCUAGCAGGUGGGAGCAUGUCAGAGAGGAAGAAGAAGCCAUGACCUGCCCUGUUUUAGUGGGGCUCUUCCUGUCUGAGUGGAACCCCACCUGCCCGUUCCAUGAAAGACUUCUUCAGGUCCUCCAGGGAGCCCGGCCGGGGCCUGCUCAGUGUCCUGGCCACAUGUGGUGCCUUGGGCCUAAGACACCCCUCACUGCUACAUCUGCUGUCUACUGUGGCACGAGGUGCCCCGGCCCGGACCAGAGACCGGUGCUAUUUUGUACUAAGUAUUUGUGUUGCUCUGGGGUUAUUUUUCUGUUCGUUCUCUUGGUUUUUAAGUUCAGGUGAAAUUUUUAUCAAAUGGCAAAAAGGGGAAGAAACAAUAUUUGUAGCUUUGUGGGGGACCAGUGCUUUUUAACUUAUUGGAGGCUGAUGACCGAUAGCACGUGAAAUGUACUAGCUGGACCAAACCCAGGCUGGCUGCUGCUGGCUCUGUGUCAGGUCACAGGCUGUGGGCCGGUGCUGGGGAAUGGAGGAGCCAGCCCGAGAGUCUCCCAGCCUGGAACGUGUUGGGCAAGGCUAAGAACGGGAAUGUGAGUGCACAAAGCCCUUUGUUUAUAGUCAAAGUUUGCCUGCCAUGAAUGCUCCAAAGGGCUAAAUGGCCUUGGUGCUUACAGGAAGCUGCCCCAUUUGGGCUCCCAGGUGCUGGAAGGAUCCUGGCAGGCGCUCCCCUCUUCACUGGCUUUCCCUCUUGUUGUGUUUCCUCUGGGGGCUCUUUCGGCAGGUCCUCUGCCUGCCCUCUGUCCUUAGCCCAACCCAAGCUCCGUAUACCAUCAGGCAGGAGAAAACGCCAGACUCUUUGGGCAGUGCCAGCUCUGCCAGAGAGGAGUCUUCACAGGUCGGACAGGACAGGUUGAGGAUCAGGCCUCUUCCAGCCCUUGUCCUAGCCAGAGCCAGAGUCCCUUUCUCUAGGUUAGAAAAGCUGCUUGCCCUUCUCAGCCUUUCUCUCCUCUGCUGCUCCAGCGCCCAUGUGGGAACACCUUACAAACAGCAAUGUCUAGGCAGCUGCAUGGCAGUGAAGGCCGCAGCUGGGCACUCCUGAGCCACAGGCCCCCUUUCCUGCCCUCUGGUUAUAGUCAAGAUGCUCCUUGGGGGUCUCAGUCAGCAUUAGCCAAAGGGAAGGUCUUGGUGGUUUUCUCAGGCCUCCAAACCCCAGUACCACAGUGGCUGUUUACACACUCCAUCUGCCACCUUGUCUGCCCACUUCCAGCCAAGCCAUUCACUGGGAGGUACAGGUGGUGGGCAGGGCCUUGAUGGGGACCCUCCCUCCCUCCUGCUUCCACCUCAUCUGGGCACUGCUGGGCACCUACCAGCAUUCAUGGGAACAUCAAGCUGCUGCCCAGCCCCUUUGUGCUCAGACCCUGCCCAGGGAGGCACCUCAGAAAUGCGUACGAUGUUACAGGCUCUGCCAGUGAGAAUCCUCCAUUUAAAGGGAGAAUGUCUGGCUGUUACUGAGACCCGGGCAUCCUGUGUGGUCAGGAGCUGGGCAGGUUUCACAAGGAGGCUUCAGUAGUUGAUUUCACCACUUGUAAGCCAUGGCUGGGAGCUCAGAGCCGGGUACGGCUGCAUUAUUCACAUGUGUUUUGCUGCUGGGUGGAACACAUGCACCUGCAGACGGGCAGCAAGGUCCCAUUCAUCAUCUUCCCCCCCCACACACCAGGUUUUCAUUUGAAGAAGUUUCACCUCAUCCUUCACCAGGAACCAGCGUUCUCUCCUGAGAGCGACAGCACUGGAAGAAACCCAGGCACAGACCAGCGAGCCCUUCAAGGCGAGUGUGGAGCUGCCUUGUAGAGGCACCUGUAACCAUGCAUGCUUUCGCCCCUGCUCUUCAACCCAGUGGUGUUGAACUGUGAGACGAGACUCAACAGGGAAACACUGAGGAUGGUGCUAAUGCUAUUGUAAGGUCUUGUCGUUGUAUGUUAUUUGAAACAGCUUUGGAAAUUUCUGUACUGCCGUGCUCCUCACCACCCUGGGUGCUGCCUCUCACCCACCAGAAGCCACCAUCUUAAUAGGUAUUUGGAAAAAGAUGGAAAAGCCAUGGUGGGGUGCAUCAGUUUGACCCCUGCCUGUCUUGCUGCACUGUGUGUAUAUCUGUAUACAGCAUAUGUAUAUGUGUAUGGAGGUGAGAGGGGUGGGAGUUUUACAAUAAAGCUGUGCUAACUGGA